GUGGGAUGGUGGCUGGCUCCCAGAGCCCCCGCUUGCUGCGCAUCAUCCAGGAUGUCACGUCCAGCCCCAGCCCGGCUUCCAGCCUGACCGCCGACAAUGACACCGGCUGCGGGGAGCAGAUCCUCAGCUACGGCAACAUGGAGAAAGUUGUGAUCGGGGCCAUUCUCUCCCUCAUCACUCUGCUGACCAUCGCGGGCAAUUGCCUGGUGGUGAUCUCCGUGUGCUUCGUAAAGAAACUCAGGCAGCCCUCCAACUAUCUCAUCGUCUCCCUGGCUCUGGCCGACCUCUCGGUCGCCGUGGCUGUCAUGCCCUUUGUCAGCGUCACCGACCUCAUUGGAGGAGAAUGGAUCUUUGGGCACGUUUUCUGCAACGUCUUCAUCGCCAUGGAUGUGAUGUGCUGCACGGCUUCCAUUAUGACUUUGUGUGUGAUAAGUAUUGACAGGUACCUUGGAAUAACAAGACCACUUACGUAUCCUGUGAGACAGAAUGGAAAAUGUAUGGCUAAAAUGAUCCUAUGUGUGUGGCUCCUCUCUGCGUCUAUCACCAUACCACCACUUUUUGGUUGGGCUCAAAAUGUGAAUGAUGAAAAAGUUUGUUUAAUCAGUCAAGACUUUGGCUACACAAUUUACUCCACUGCAGUUGCUUUUUAUAUCCCAAUGUCAGUGAUGCUUUUCAUGUACUAUCAGAUUUACAAGGCUGCUAAGAAGAGUGCUGCUAAACACAAGUUUACUGGUUUCCCACGACCAGAAGAAAAUGAAGGUAUGGUUUCUGUGAAUGGAGUUAUAAAGCUACACAAGGAAUCAGAAGAAUGUACAAAUUUUUCACGACUUCUUAAACAUGAUAGAAAAAACAUUUCCAUUUUUAAGAGAGAACAAAAAGCUGCCACUACGUUGGGAAUUAUUGUUGGGGCCUUUACUGUGUGUUGGUUGCCAUUUUUCAUCCUUUCAACUGCCAGACCCUUUAUCUGUGGUACAGCAUGCAGCUGCAUCCCGUUUUGGGUUGAAAGAACAUUUCUAUGGUUGGGUUAUGCAAACUCUCUCAUUAACCCUUUUAUAUAUGCCUUCUUCAAUCGGGAUCUGAGGACAACCUAUCGCAAUCUACUACAAUGCAGAUAUAGGAAUAUCAACCGGAAACUAUCAGCUGCAGGGAUGCAUGAGGCUCUGAAGCUUGCAGAAAAACCAGAAUUUGUACUGAAACACUGCUCAAGAGAUAUACUUCUCUCAGGGAAAGCACAGGAAAAAAGUAUCAGCAGACCCUGUUCAUAGUUCACUGCAGAUAUUAGAUUUUUUUAUUAUCCUUUAAAAAUAAAAUCUCUCUUUAUCUGUUGGUCUUUGUACAAGAAGUACAUGCUAAUAGUAUUUUUAUUGCUGUUAUCUUGAUUUUUUUUCUAAAUAGUCAUUGCCACACAUGAAUUUGGUACAAACUUAGUAUUUUGAAUUUGUUUGUAUUUGUUUUCAAUCUUCAUUUUGAUAUAUCAUAAUGAUGCUAGACCAGUAGCUUUUAACUUUUUCCAAAGCAGGACCUCCUUCAGCUCCUCUCCCAAGUAAUCAGUGCCCCAUACAUGUAUUAAUAUGGGAAGGACAGAGUGUUUGCAGCCUCGUGACACAUGCUCACAGCCCCACAUGUCCAUAAUUGUAGAUGAAAGGCAAUAUGAUUAUUUGCUUCCAUCCACGUUUAUAUAUAGAGAGAGGCAAUGUAGGAAACAUUUUAACACCUAGUAAAGCUGUGAUUUUUUCAUUAGCAUUACCAUUGUCUAUCAUUUAUAAUCAAUUGAUAUAUAGGUCUAAUUAAAUAAACAAUCCCAGAAUCAGAAAUGCAUAUUAAAAUACCUAAGAUUCCAGAAGAGAAAGAGCCCACUGAGAGGAAACCUACUGUAUUGUUAUAAACUACUGACAUACUAGACUGGAUAAAUAUUUUGCUUUUAGUUUUAGAUAUACUCAGUCAAUAAAAGGUCAACAAUUCUCUCUUUAAUACAGAGGAGGUAUGUGUAGUCUUGUUAGUAAUCACAUUGACAGCAUGUUUAAUGUUUUGUUUCUACAUAAAACAAGAAACUGUACAAACUUUCUCUCAUUUCUCAGAAUGCAAGUAUUAAGGUCUGUCGUUAAUUAACAGUGCAAAUGACUAGACUCAGGACCUUAAAACACACACUAACAUAGCCCCUUCCAUAAAUGGGGAUAAUGGUUCUGAGCCCCUUUGUAAAGAGGUUUGGGAUCUACAGAUGUAACGUGCUAUAUGAGAGCUAGGUACCAGUAAGGCUAUGUCUACACUACAGGCUUCUUAUGCAAGAAGCCUUUUGCGCAAUUUUUGCGCAAAAAUUUCUUGCACAAGAGCACGUCCACACCUCAAAGCACAUUGCUUUUGCAAUGUGCUUUUGCACAAGAGAGCGUCCAUGCUAUUGGAUGCUCUCCUGCAUAUAAAGCUACCCAGAACCGGUUCUAUCCGGGCUAGAGGUCACCAGUUGCUCUUGAGUGCUGUUGCUGGAAGCCCUCCAGAAACGCGCGCUUAAAGGGACCCCCCUUGGACAGCUGCUUCUCUGUCUCUGUUGCCUGCUUGCUAGCCUCUUUGGCAAAGCAAAGCUUCAGCUGUGUGUGCCCUGUGCUUUUUGGAGAUGACACAGCUUUUUGCCUUCUUGCUGUUUGCCAUGGAACCCAAGCUGCCCCUGGGCAUGCGACGGCCCCACACAGCCAUGCUGCAUUUCCUGCCUACUUAUUGCAGCUGUAUGUGGACACUGAAUUCCUCCUCGUGUCCCUCUGCAUGGCUGCGGCUGCUCCCACCUGGCUGCUGCACUCCCCCAAACU